AUGUGUAGUAGAUGUGAUGGCGAGGCGGAAAGUGUCAAUCACCUCUUGUUCCAAUGUCACUACGCCAGAAGGGCUUGGACAGUUGCAAAUAUACACAUUCCCCCAUCCGGAAAAUGGUCAAAUUCUUUAUUUGCCAAUCUUUAUUGGGUCUUGAACUUGAAACAAGAGUACCCAAAAGAGGAAGUUGAUGAAGGAUUUGUACCAGUACUGCUAUGGAGACUAUGGAAGAACCGUAAUGAGUUUUUAUUCAGAGGGAAAGAUUAUGAUGCAGACUCAACAGUUAGGAAAGUCUGGGAGGAUGUGGAGGAAUGGAGAAAUAGAGAAGAGGUAAAAAAUGAGGAGGUCAAAACACCCACAACAGUAGUACCCGACAGAAAGUGGAACUCUCCACUGCCAUUAUCUCUGAAAUGCAACACUGAUGGUUCGUGGUCAAAGGAAACAGAGAACGGUGGAGUGGGCUGGGUUUUGAGAGACCCUCAAGGGACACUGGUGUGGGCGGGAGCAAGAAAACUACCAGUAGUGCGAUCGGUGAUUGAAGUGGAAACAGAAGCCAUUAGGUGCGCAAUUCAAACAUUGGCUGGAUUUGGUUACAGGAAGGUAAUUGUUGAGACAGACUCUCUAAUCUUGACAAAAAUGCUCAAUGGAGAGGAAGAAUUCUGGCCGGUGUAA